AUGUUACUCCAGAAUUAUUUGGAUUGGCUGUGAGAGACGUCACUCAGAGAGCCCACCCACUCUGCCCAUUCUCUCCUCUUCCUCUUCCACAGCUGGUUCACUUCCUGUAGGGACUGAAAACCAAGUGAGGAGAUGAAGGAUUGCACCAUACUACACCAGAGAAUACAGAGACGAUAGACACCGCAGAUAGAUCCUGACCAUCACCCAAGGAACAACUGCACAACUGUGGGAAGACAUACAGUCCCUUCACAACAUUGCUCAACACAGAGAAGGUUGGACAGUGAAACCGUCAUCUGGAAAUUGGUCGGGUCAGGGGAGCUUUGACAUAUCAUCAGAUCUGAAACUGGUCAACGGUGUGGAACCUUCCAUCAGAACCAACCUUUCCGAAGGUUCGGCUGUGGGCGAUCGAUCAGGGUGAGGCUGGGAAGAAGUGUGACUGGGCUCCAAGUGUGGUGAGAGCUUCAAUCAUUCAUUGAGCCUCAUGAACCACUGACUCAUUCCUACAGGUGAGAGGCUGUUCAAGUGUGAGGUGUGUGACUAUGGUUGCACAGGCUCAUAAGAUCUCCUAACACGCAAAGUGCAUCUGUUGUAUCACUGUUCACACAAGAGCAGCUGCACGGAAGAAAAACUACUUAAGUGUAAGCUGUGCGACCGAGCCAUCACAAAGUUAUCAAUGCUCAUGCAACACCAUCGCAUUCACACCAGGGAGAAACCAUACAAGUGUGAGGUGUGCAGUAAAUCAUUCACGUGCUUAUCUCACUUCCGUGUUCACCAACGCAUUCACACAGGGGAGAAACCCUUUGUGUGUCAUAUAUGUGACAAAUCAUUCUCGCAGUCAUCGCACCUCCGUGCACACCAACGCGUUCAUACAGGGGAGAAACCAUUUACAUGCGAGGUGUGUGACAAAUCAUUCUCACAUUUAACGAACCUCCGCGCACACCAACGCAUUCAUACAGGGGAGAAUCUGUUCACAUGUGAGGUGUGCAACAAAUCCUUCACACAGUUGUCAAAUCUCCUGGUCCAUCAGUCUACCCACACAGGGGCAAAACCCUUCACAUGUGAGAUUUGUGAGAAAGCUUUUGCGACAUCUACAAAGUUCCUGAGACACCAGAGCAUUCACACCGGGGAGAAACCCUUCAGGUGUGAGGUUUGUGAGGUGUCUUUCAUGCAAUCCUCCGAUCUCCGGACGCACCAGAGGAUUCACACAGGGGAGAAACCCUUCAAGUGUCAGGUGUGCAACCGAGCAUUCACACAGUCAUCGACACUUAUACAACACCGACGCAGUCACACAGGGGAGAAGCCAUUCAAGUGUGAGGUGUGUGACAAAUCAUUUUCACGCUCAUCUCACUUUCGUGUACACCAACGAAUCCACACUGGGGAGAAACCAUUCACAUGCGAAGAGUGCAACAAAUCAUUCUUGCGCUCAUCGACUCUCCAUGAACAUCAACGCCUUCACACAGGGGAGAAACCUUUCACGUGUGAGAUGUGUGAUAAGGGCUUUGCACAGUUAUCAGGUUUGUUAAACCACCGGCACAUUCACACAAUGGGUAGUUAUUCAAGCAUCAAUGAGCCUUCACACAGUGAGCAACACUCAUGAAACACUGGUGCAUCCACACUGAAGAAAAGCCGUUUAAGUGUGAGGUUUGUGACAAAGCCUUCACAAGACUGACGUUCCUGCAUGGAGGAUCACACAGUGACACUUGUGAAACACCAAAGUAUUCACAGAGGAGAGAAUCCAUUUAAUGUGAGGUGUGUAAUGAGGAUUUUGCACAAUCAUUGGGCCUGGUUUAUCACCGGCACAUUUGUUUUGGAGGAAUUCAAGUAUGAGGUGUGUGACAAAGCCUUCACAAACUCAUCAAACCUUAUGGCCUAUCAAAGGAUUCACCCAGGGGAGUGACUCUAAAUAUGAGAUUUAUGAGUAAAAUUCUCUUGAAGUCUUCAAACCUCCUGUAACACCAGCAAACUCGCAUGGAAGAAACCCUUCAGGUGUGAUGAUUGUGACGAGGCUUUCACCACUCCUCUGACCUCCUGAAGCACCAACAGAUCCACACUGGAGAGAAACCAUUCAGGUGUGAGAUGUGUGACAAGGCUUUCACACAGUCAGCAUAUCUCCUGGUCCAUCAACACACUUACUCAGGAUAAACCCUAUCAGUGUGAGUUUUGUAAUAAAGCCUUCACACAAUUGUUGGACCUCCUGGAACAUCAGUGAACCCACACAGGAGACAAACCCUUCCCAUGUGACAUUGUGACAGGAUUGUUUCAUCUCCUCCACUCUCGCUAUACAUCAAUGUCUCCACAUGGACUUGGAGCCGGGUUACUUCCGUUACACUGAGAGUUGUCUGUGUUGUUUACCCUCCAGCGUUCAUACAGGGGAGCUGUCGUUCCAAAGCACUGUCUGUCUCAGCAGUGUCUGUCUCAAACCUCUCCCACCAUCAGUCCAAACGUUUCAAGACAGCCAAUUUAACCUUUGACCAGAUCGCCAAACAUCACCAAAAGAAGACAUCAAUAUGUAUAGAAGCUCCUGUAUAAACUCAGCAUCCUUUCAGUGCAGCUUCAGUUACAAGUCACUCAUUGACUCUCACUCUGACCAAGAAGGCAAUCAGAUACUCAGUGGUUAGAAAGGCUUCAGCUUCUGAUCUACCAGCACAAGCACCCAGGGCAGGAGCCAUUCCUGGGGUAGUAAUGGAGGAACUUCAAUUAGCCUUAGCAUCUCUGGUCUAUGGAGGGGGAGAAUCAGCUAGGAAUCCCCUUCCUCAUCAGUGACCCCAACUGGGAAGUCAGGGGCAGGAUGUGUCUCGGCUGUGACAGUCUCCAUUGUCUCACAUUCACUGUCUCGCUCUACACAUGCUGAAUGGCCACUAGAACAGAGCACUAGAGGCCAAUCAAUGUCCACAGUCUGUACUCCAGGUCAGUGCCUUGAGGACUGGAGGGAAUGUGAGAGGACAACAACUUGUAUUUAUAGAGCACUUUAAUAUAGUCAAACAUUCCAUAGCAACGUCAUCAGAGAAAAAUUAACACCGAGACAAAGAAGGAGAUAUUAGGAGGGGAUGUCUAAAAAUAUAGUCAAAGAGGUGGGGUUUAAGGAGGGUCUUAAAGGAGCGGAGAGAGAUGAAGAUGCAGAGAGGUUUAAGGAGGGAAUUCAUGACCAUGAAGCCUGGAUGACACGGCCGUCAAUGGUUCGGUGAAGGGAGUGGGGGUGGGAGGAUGUACUAAAGGCCAGAAUUGGAGGAUUGCAGAGAUCUCGGAGGGAGAUGGGGCUAGAGCUGACAGAGAUAGGGAGGGGGUGAGGCUAUGAAGCAAUUUGUACUGGAGCAUGAGAAUUUUAAAUUGGCGGCACUGGGAGACUGGGAACCGGUGUAGGUCAGUGAGCACAGGGGCGAUACGUGUGAGUUAGGAUAGAGACUGCAGAGUUUUAGCUGAGCUGAAGUUUAUGGAGGUGGAAGAUGGGAAGCUGGACAGGAGAGCAUUGGAAUGUUCUAGUCUAGUCUAGAAGCAACAACAGCAUGGAUGAGGAUUUCAACAGCAGAUGGACUAAUGUGGGAGUGUUGGAAAUGGGUAAUGUUACAGAGGGGGAAGUGACCUUAGUGAUGGAAUAGUUACUCUCUAACUACUGCAUCAACUCGUUUAAUCAUUGUAAACACCUUAAUUAGGUUACGCCUUAAUUUUUUACAUUCAAGGGAAUGCAAGCUCAGUUUGUGCAACCUGUCUUAUUAACUUAAUCCUUUUAGCCCCAGGAACACUCUAGUGAAUCUAUGCUGCACUCCCUCCAAGGCCAAUAUAUCCUUCCUGAGGUAUGGUGCCCAGAACUGAACACAGUUCUCCAGAUAGGGUCUAAACAGGGCUCUGUACAGCUGGAACAUAACUUCCACAAGGACACAGUUGGUUUUGGGGAGAAGUUGUGGGUUAUCUUUUCUCUUUAGGAUGGUCCUGGAGUAAUGAGCAGUUUUGGCACUAGUGCUCGAUGUGGUCCAGUCAGAUAUGGUGAUGGAUGGCUAAACCAGUAGUGUACCAGAUACGCUCAAAUAUUCAUCUCUUGGACUUGAGAAGCAGGGAGAUCGACCAGGAAAGAAGAGAGUAAAAAGGUUUGUUUAGGAGCAAGGGUGUAGAAGGUGGAUAUGAGGGAGUGGUUAAACCAAAUUGACAGCUAUAGAAGCAUUGUGGUGAAUGGAGAGUCAAAGGGCAGAGAGUUGGGAAUUAGAAAGUGCUGUCCAACUAACCUGGGGGAAGACUGUCUCCCAGGAAUGGAAACUGGUCCAUGGACCCAUGUGACCACUGGAUCUCUAUAACCACUGGUGGGUUUAUAUGAUGGAAAUGAGCUCCAUCCUGUGUCACUAAAGCUCAGUGGCAUUUCUAACCUUUGGAAUUGGGAGCCAGACUAAAGCACAGGGAUUUUAAAUAAACUUCUGUCUGUAGUAUUUGAGAGAGUUUCCCCUGAUGUGAGUGUGUGUGUGUUAGUAACAUGAGCCAGCUCUCAGGAGUGGCUAUGGGGAAGAAUCGGACCCUGCUUUAGUUGGUGAUGUGAAUUGUAGACAGAUCGGUGACAGGUGUUUGACUAAUACCAUGGGGAAUGUUUGUACUCUCCUGUCUGGGAGGUCUACUAUCCUGAGUAUGGUGAGGGAUGGGGCUGCGUCUCUACAGACCUGAGUUCCCUCAGCCCAUCAAACUUCAAAGUAAUAACGGUGUGAUAUAUUCACCUUACACUUUUCCAAGAUUAAUUUCAUGUUCUGGGAAAGAUCUUGAGUCAUUUUCAUAUGUUUUAUUUUGGUUGAUUCAAACUUUGGUGUAAGCUGAAUAUGUUGUUGUUGUUUGUCUGCUGUUUUAUCAAUGUUUUGUACAGAUUUAUA